AGUAACACGCAAAUUCAUUUACUCAGAUCUAAAGUUUCCAACUGACAUGCAACAGAGAUGAGUGACUUGGUGAGAUUCCUUUUACUGAGCCUGCUCUGCAUAUCUCUGGCUUUUGGCCAGGAUAGUAAUGGUGAGGGUGGAGAUAUUCAGGAAACAUCCACCGCCAGUCAAGACGCGGCACGAGGAUUAGCCAGUAGCUAUGAGCCGGAGGACAAGCAGGCGCUGCGCAAGAACUCGCACAUCUUCAUGGGCAUCUACAAGAACUACAAGAGCACCUACUUGGGCAAUAAAACAACGAAUGAGUACAAAAAACGACUACGGGAUCGGGUGAGUGCUCCCCAAGUGUCAGAAAAUGCGAAUGAGGCACCCGAACCAGUGGAUCCCGAACAGCUGGACCCUAGGGAUACACUGGCCCAGGUAAUCCGACAAGAUGCCCAGGCCGAAGCUCUAAUGGAAACCCAAACAGAGUCACCCAAUUACGAUGACAGCGAAUCUUUAGCUGGAAAAAAGCGACGCAAACGCAAGCGCAAGGAUCGCAACAAGCGGCGUGAGGAUGUGGAAUCUGAAACGGAUCAGCCUGAUCCUUACCAGGAAAAUGAGAGCAUACAGCGGUAUCAUGUAGGUCCUGGACUUAAUGUCAGCCUGGACAUGAGUAACGACAUUGUGCAUGUGAAGCUGGAUGGCGAGAAUCUCAAGGAGAUCAUCGGAGCUCGAUGGCUAACCUUAGAUAAUAGUGAAGAAGGUCGCGGAAAGAAGUACGACAUGAUCACCAAAGUCUUACCACUCUUCAUCCUCCCCUUCCUCAUCCAAUCUGCGAUUGUUCCAUUUCUGGUCACCAAGCUGAAGUUGCUGCUGGUCAAAUCCAUUCUGGUUGGCAAGCUGGCCAUCUUCCUGCUUAUUAUCUCGGCCAUCAAGAAUGGCAACAAGAUGGUCCAAAGCUAUGAGGUGCCCUCUUACUGGGCCGGCGAACCAAGUCGGAGGUCAGAGUUGGCCGCGGCUGCCUCCUCGGCGGCUGCCGCCUAUAAUGGCUACCGGGUCGAGGGCAAACCGACCACCUGGAUCAGCUAG